UUAUUAUUUAAAUAAUCAAAAAAACUCGCACCCUACCCACGCACCACGUAUAUAAUCUGCCUUCCUCGUCUCUCCGACGGACAGAUCUCUCGUCGACUACUCAACAGCUAUCAGUUUCUCAUCCUCCAAUUCGAUUCCUUUUUCUUUCUCAAUUUUCCUUUUUGUUUUCCCGGAAAAUUCUUGUUUCUUCCUUACCCAAACAUCGAAUUCUCUCCGAUUCGGUUCGCGGAAGAAAAAGAUUCCGUCGGAUUUCGUUGAAUUUCGUCAGUUUACUGUUACAUUGUGGGAAUUAGGGUUUCGGAGGAGAUUGACGUGAACUGGGUUGAUUUUGGAAUCGUGCUUAAUAGGAUAAUUUUGGGUUCAAAUUGGGGAACAAUUCGGCGAGAUUCCGAGGUUUGGUGUUUGUUUGAAUCGAAGUUUGUUGUGAAAUUAGGGUUAUGUUGUUGAUUCGGGAAGCGAAUUCGAUAGGUUAAAAUGUUUGGAGAAGAUGAUUUUUAGACGGACGAUGAAAUUCGAAAUGCAGAACCUCAAGCGGUGCAUGGCGGAGGACAUUGAUUCGGAAGAGGAGGAGAGAGAGGCGGGUUCUGUCAAUCCGAAGAAGCAGAAGAAAAAUGGGUUUUACUCAGUUCCCGUGAAGAAGGGCUUCGAUAGGAUUCAUGGCGAUGAAGGAGGUUACAGUAGCGUCGUGGAUUCUUGUUGCAACGAAGUUUCGUAUCUUGCCGUCGAAGUUGAAUCGGAUUUCAACAACCCUAAUAAUGGAAAUCAGAGUCGUCCUCCGCUUUUGAGAUCGUCGCGAGGACGUGUUCAGGUACUUCCGUCUCGAUUCAAUGACUCUGUUAUCGAUUCAUGGAAGAAGAAGAACUGUUCUACACUUGAUGAUGAUAACGAAUCGUGUUUUGAUGGUAGUGAAACUGCAAUGUUCAAUAAAAAGAGAAUUAUACGUGAAUUGGGAGACAAGUGUAGUUUACAAAAACAUAGUUUUAAUCCGUUUUCUGUGGAAGUAGAGGAGGAGGGAGCAAUUGGGUGCAAUGGGUUCAAGGAUUUGAGUUCUCGAAGCUCUGUAACAUCGAUUCAUGAGGAGAACAGUUCACCUUUGUUAGAAGCUGAUGAGUAUGUUCCAAGGCUGCCUAGUAAUUUUAGCGGUGAAGAGAAAUCGGCAGGGAAAGCUUCGAAGAGGACGGACUUUUAUAAGCCAGAGGACUUUGUUUUAGGUGAUAUCGUUUGGGCAAAAUCAGGGAAGAAAUACCCGGCUUGGCCGGCUAUUGUGAUCGAUCCCCUUUGGCAAGCUCCUAAGCCGGUCCUGAAGGCUUGUGUUCCCGGCACCAUCUGUGUUAUGUAUUAUGGAUUUUCAAAAAAUGGAAAACAAAGGGACUAUGCAUGGGUGAAAGAUGGAAUGAUUUUCCCAUUCUUAGAGUACAUGGACAGAUUUCGGACGCAGACACAGUUGUAUGGCAGCAAGCCAAUAGAUUUUCAAAUGGCAAUAGACGAGGCAAUUUUAGCAGAAAAUGGUUACACUGAUACAGGACUUGAAACUGAUCCUGCAACAAAUCACAUUGAAAUUCAAGAGGCAACUGGUUCCAAUCAUGAUCAAGAGGGCUGGUCUCAUAGCCAGGAUGCAUAUUAUAAGAAGGACACACAACUUUGUCACAGCUGUGGCUUGAUUCUGCCAUGCAAAACAACGAAGAAAAAGAAGGGCUCAACUUGUGAAGUUCAGUAUUUAUGCGAACAUUGUGCUAAGUUAUGGAAAUCAAAACAAUAUUGUGGUGUAUGCAAGAAGAUUUGGCAUCAUUCAGAUGGUGGGAGCUGGGUAUGCUGUGAUGGUUGCAAUGUUUGGGUGCAUGCUGAGUGUGCCAAAAUUUGUGGCAAACUUUUAAAGGAUCUGGAGCACACUGAUUAUUACUGCCCUGAGUGCAAAGGAGAGUCUAAUUGUGAACUAUUGGUUACAGAAAAACAGCAGUCAAAAGUCAGGCCUACUGAAAACAGUGGUCAAACUGUGAUGCCUGAAAAAGUAACUGUUGUCUGCACUGGAAUGGAAGGGAUCUAUUUUCCAAGUCUUCAUUUAGUUGAGUGCAAGUGUGGUUCAUGUGGAACAAAGAAACAAACAGUUGGUGAAUGGGAACGACAUACAGGUUCUAGAGCGAAAAAAUGGAAGGUUAGCAUCAAAGUGAAGGGUUCAACUCUAACGCUGGAGAAAUGGAUCGCAGAGUAUAAUGCAAAUGGCUUUAAUCCGCUGAAGUUAAAUAAACAGCAGCUACUUUCUUUUCUCCAAGAGAAAUAUGAACCUGUUCAUGCAAAGUGGACAACAGAACGAUGUGCUAUAUGUAGAUGGGUUGAGGAUUGGGACUAUAACAACAUUGUUAUUUGCAACAGGUGUCAAAUAGCAGUCCAUCAAGAGUGCUAUGGAGCAAACAAUGUUCAGGAUUUUACAUCAUGGGUUUGCAGAGCAUGCGAAACUCCUAAUGUUGAGAGGGAGUGUUGUCUCUGCCCUGUUAAAGGGGGAGCUUUGAAACCAACUGAUGUUGACUCCCUGUGGGUCCAUGUCACAUGUGCUUGGUUCCAGCCUGAAGUUGCUUUUGUAGAUGCUGAGAAGAUGGAGCCUGCAGUUGGAAUUCUUAGAAUUCCAUCACAUUCUUUUGUAAAGCCAUGUGUUAUUUGCAAGCAGACUCAUGGUUCUUGCACUCAGUGUUACAAGUGUGCCACUGCUUUUCAUUCAAUGUGUGCAUUGAGAGCAGGAUAUCGCAUGGAAAUGCAUUGCUUGGAGAAGAAUGGGAAACAAAUGACCAAAUGGGUUUCAUAUUGUGCGGCUCACAGGGACCCUAACCCAGACGGCGUGUUAAUUAUGCAGACUCCGGUUGGGGUAUUCUCUACUGGAGGCUUGCUCCAAAACCAGAAGCAAGAACAUUACUUCAGGGGUUCAAGGCUUGUUUCAACUAAGAGAGCAGAACUUCCUGAUCUGUCAAAUGAUUCAAACGUGGAUACUAAUGACUUUGAGCCACUCUCUGCUGCAAGGUGUCGUAUCUUUAGAAGAUCAAACAAUAAGAAUGCUGGAGCAGAACCAAUAUCCCACCGACUGAGGGGGCCAAGCCAUCAUUCUUUAGACGAGAUAGAUUCCUUAAACUCAGAUGGAGAAGUUGAAGAUCCAAAGGCUUUUGCUACAUUCAGGGAACGGCUCAACCACUUGCAGAAAACAGAACGUUAUCGGAUUUGUUUUGGUAAAUCUGGAAUACAUGGAUGGGGCCUAUUUGCACGUCAGAAUAUUCAAGAAGGAGAAAUGGUUCUUGAGUAUCGUGGUGAGCAGGUGAGGCGUAGUGUUGCAGAUUUAAGAGAAGCACGCUACCGGUUAGAAGGAAAAGAUUGCUAUCUAUUCAAGAUCAGCGAGGAAGUAGUAAUUGAUGCUACAAAUAAAGGAAAUAUAGGACGAUUGAUCAACCAUUCUUGCAUGCCCAACUGCUAUGCAAGGAUCAUGAGUAUGGGUGAAGAAGAAAGUCGGAUAGUUCUUAUUGCCAAGACUGAUGUGGCCGCUGGUGAUGAGUUAACGUACGAUUACUUGUUCGAUACUGAUGAGCGUGAAGAAUCCAAAGUCCCCUGUUUAUGUAGAGCUCCUAACUGUCGGAAAUUCAUGAAUUAGGUUUACAUGAAAAAAAAAGAAAAGAAUGGACAGCUUUUUUUUUUUCUUCUUCAAGUGGCAUUUGACCAUCUCACAACCCAUGAGAUUUAGUGUGUUUACUAUAGUGAAUUUGUAAUUCUUUUACAACCCCAACCAUUUUUUGUAAUUUGCUUUUUUAGUUACAAUAACAUGUGAAUUCACCGACUAUAGGCUGGUAUUUUUGUAGAUUUGCUGCCUGUCUUCUUAUUAAUGAUUAUAAAUUUUUGCAGACAA